GAGACCCUGGCCGCACUGGCCUUUCCGUUGCACAAGGUUUUAAUUUGUUCUGUUCAACUGUUCAGCGAUUUUGAGAAAUUAUGAGUCGAGGAUCUCAAGUUCACAUUUUUUGGGGUGCUCCAGUUGCUCCACUGAAAAUGACGAUAUCACAGGGAACAGCUUCCUUAAUGUCCACUGCCAACGCCUGGGAACAAAUCCAACUUUUGUACAAACAACAUUCUUUAUAUCUGAAGGCUGAAAACCAGGAGCUUAAAAAUCUGAAAGACUACCAAAUCCCAGAAACUGCUGGCCCUCCAGAUGUUCUUAGUGAUCACCUUUCAACAACUUAUGUGACUAGGUCUGCGCAGGUGGAGAAUGGUUUCAUCUGUUCUGCUUCUGAAACACAGAGUAUAAAGUCCCAGAAGAUUAAUCCCUCAGGCCAGAGUGAUAUGACUAAUGUGCAAAUAUGUGAAUUUAAGGACAGAGUUCAGCAUUUAUCUGAAGAAGAAAAAUACCAGAAGUUUCAGUGUGAAAAUAUGAAACUUAGAGAUGAGAAGUCUAAAAACCAGUCAAAUCCCUGUGUUCAGAACUUUCAAGCAGAUCUGCUUCCGUUAGAUCAUAAAUGUACAGCUGAAUUGGAUUUGGACUGUUGUACUGAACAGAUUGCUAUAGGGCCAGAGUCUGAGGGAGCGGUCGGGAAGGCCUCAGACCAGAAAGUGUCUACUGACACUGAGUUUCUCAGUGUAAUGACCUCCAGCCAGUGUGCUUUUCUAGCCCAAGGGAACAAUAAAGGGCAAGACUGUACAAAUAAAGGGACUCUAAACAUGGGGAUGGAACCCACAGGAAGUCCAGAAGGAAGACUAGCUGAAGAUAAUCUUGCUAAGCCCAGGGACAAUUCUGAAAACGAAUCUGAGAGUGAGCAGAGCCAGGCGUAUUCCCUGGAACUUUUCAGUCCUGAAUCAGAAAGCAGUCACGUUAACAGAAACCCUGGAAAAAGUCUUGAAAAUAAUAUAAGUUCACAAGAUCUUUUCAGUAGUGAAGAAAACCCGCCACCAAAUGAGGUACGCAUUGAGUUGUGUGGCUCAGGAAUACUGUGUUCCCAACUAAGUACCUUCCACCAAAGUGCUGCUAAAAGAAGCCGGUCCUCUAAAGAUAAUUUCCAUCAUUCUAAAGCUCUUUCGGAAGUCCAUCAAGUAUCCAAGAAGCCAAGGAUGGACUCUACUACAAGAGAGUCAGCUGAAACAGUGCCCCAGAGGAUCAUGUCCGAAUUUAAGGCCAUUAAAAAAAUAUCGUUAAUAAAAAACUGUGACUCUAAAAGUCGGAAGUAUAACUGCUUAGUCAUGGUGCUAACGCCGUGUCAUGUGAAGGAAAUAAACGUAAAAUCUGGACCAAAUUCUGGUUCUAAAGUGCCCUUAGCAACAGUUGUAGUAAUCGAUCAAUCAGAAGUGAGGAAGAGAGUUCUUCUGUGGAGGACUGCAGCAUUUUGGGCACUUACAGUGUUUCUUGGGGAUAUAAUUUUACUUACAGAUGUUACUGUUUAUGAGGACCAAUGGGUUGGUGAGACAGUACUCCAAUCAACAUUUACCACUCAGUUAUUAAAUCUUGGAAGUUAUUCACAUGUCCAGCCUGAAAAAUGUAAGACAUAUUUUGAAUAUCCUGAAUUUAGGAUGUUUCAAUUCAUGACCUUUUAUGAUGCUGCCAGUGGCGGAGCCAUGGCUCACAGUCAGCCAUCUGAUUAUAAGGUGAACUGCCGAGACUUCAUAUUGGGCUAUGUUUGGUUCUUUAUUGAAGCCAUAAGAGUGGUUCUGAUUAAAGCCAAGGUUUCAGAGCUGGUGUUUACUGUCCCAGCAGCUCAGAAGAUAGCUCUAAAUGCUCACAGUUCUCUGAAGGGUAUCUUCUCUUCUCUUCCCAACAUUACAUAUGCUGGCUGUGCACAUUGUGGCUCAGAACUGGAAACAGAUGAGAACAGGGUCUACAGACAAUGUCUGAGCUGCUUGCCAUUUGCUGGGAAGAAAACAUUCUAUAGGCCAGCUUUAAUGACCAUAGUUGAUGGAAGACAUAGUACUUGUGUCCAUGUAGGGUCAAAGAUGAUGGAACGCAUUCUUCUCAACAUCUCUCCAGAUUGCCUCAACAGAGCGAUAGUACCUUCCUCAGAAGUCACCUACAGCAUGGUCGCAGCAGACUUGCUCCACUCCUUGUUGGCCGUCAGUGCAGGACCUUGUGUGUUGAAGAUCCGGAGCGUUUUCGAGUUGGAUGAAAACAGCUACCCACUGCAACAGGAUUUCUCCCUACUGGAUUUCUGUCCUGAUUCAUGGACGAUGUGGAGCCCGGGACUUUCUCUGAGGUUGGAGGAGGACACAGGCAGCAUUCCAAGGAAGGAGUGAUGAAAUAAUCUGUCUUUUGAAGAUUUAUGUAUUUUUUAUGUUUGUGAGUUUUGCCUGUGUCUGUCUGUGUACCAUGUCUGGUGCCCACAGAGGCCGGGACAGGGGACUAGACCCCUGGGACUAGAGUAAUAUAUGGGUGUGAGCUGCCAAAUGGAUUCUGAGAAAGUGCUCUUAACUGCCGAGCCACCCAACACUAUUAUCUGUGCUUUGAAAUAAAUGAAAUGACAGGGCUUUUGCCUGGAGUUUUUAAAAUAAAUAUUUUAUUACCAUAAUAUAUUUGUACUAAAUUUAUAAGUUAAUUUUAAAAAGAAUUCUGUGAAGCUUUUAUUAUUUGCUUUUUUGUUGGUAUUCUUUUUAUUCUGGAGAAAUGAUCUAGCAAUAAAGGCAUAUAUCACAGUUCCUGAGGGUUACAGGUGCCUCAUCUGUCUCCUAACGUAGACCCUGAUGCAUCAAGGCACUCAACACUGAAGAGCCACAUGUAAGAUGCUUCCUCAGAAGUCACUUUUCUGAUAUAAACUCUACACGCUUUUUCUUAUUCCUAUCUUAAUAAGUGCCAGUGUGAAUUAAUUUCUCCAUGUUAACUGUAUGUGCUAGCUAGGGACACAGGACUGUUGGUGGAGUGGCAAGCGAAUUAGCUGCUUCUCUUGUUGCUGAGACGACUACCCUGCAAAGUAACCGAAGGAAGGAAGGAAGGAAGGUUGACAGGUGAAGGGGCAGUCCUCAUUCUGAAGAGGGACAAGUGUCCAUGAUCCCCCAGGUCCAUCUUUGGGUUCCUGACAUGUCUCAGUAUUCUGAUAGUCGAAGGGAGGGCACAAAUAUUUC